GGGCGUUUAAGCAGGAUAUAGUGCACUUAAUAUUAAUUUGAAAUCGGUUUGAGCUGCAACCUAUAGUCGAGGUGAAAUACUGGCGAGGAUUGGCGUUCAGUUAGUAAAUUAGCCUGCUCGUGCAAAGUAAACAUGGAAGAAAAAUAUGAAGAAGAAAUAAAACUCCUCCAGUUAGACAUUGAGACGUGGGAAGCCGAGAGGGAAGAGUGUUUACGGGCUGUUUCGAGACAACACACAGAAACCCUAAGGAAUAUCUUAAAAAACAUCUCCAUACGGAGGGAGGGAGGCGAUGGAGUGGUGAAUAAAGACGUUUCAAAGCUUAUGAAAGAAAUCAGUGAUCUGGAGAAGGACCUCAAGAGACAGACAGAUAUCAGUGGGCUCUCUCUGUCCGAGUGCUGGGUCAGGACACUGGAGAAAAGCAAUGUAAAAACUGUGCACCAGUACAGACUGACCGGACGCUGUUGGUCUCUUUUAUUCCAAGUUGAGUUUGCACUGACAGAGAUUCAGGACGGUGAAACCAUUCUGAAAAAAGUGACUGACCUCAACAUUAUAUCGGAUGGAGCCGAGUUUAAAGACUUGUGUGCUUUUCUGUCAAGUGUAGAGGAGUCAAAGAGCGUUUUCCUGUUCUUCAGGACCCUGAGGUCAUUUUCGGAGAGAUGUAAACAAAGAACGUGUACAUUCCAGCACUUUAAGGAGAAAUACCCAGAUGUGGUUCAACUUCCUGAAGGCUGCAGAUCUGAGAUCAUGGUUAUCCAGAGUCCACAACUUCCUGGGUGUUCAAUGAGCAUUUUCUGGAACAUUACCGUCAGUAAAGAAGGAACAGUCAAGCCGAAGAUUGACCUAUUGAUGAAAAUGCCUGAGCAAGCUCAAAAACUGGAUACAGAAAACGUGUUGGACUCAGCACCAGGCAGCUUCCGGAGUCUUCUGACGGCAUUCGGAGUGGAAGCCACAAUCGAAAGUUUAAUACAGUCUGUAUGUUUUUGAACAAUCAGGCAACAAACCAAACACAUAUGUUCUUU